CUUGUGCUCUCAGCUCUCUCAAUCUCACCCUCUUCUACCUCUCAACCCACAGAAACCAUAGCGCCUCCUCCUUCCUCCCUUCCCUGCCAUCUUCACCCCUACAACCUAUCUACCACAGCUUUCCCUUCAAAUUCCAAAUUUAUAGCACAUGGCUUCCAAGCAUCGGAUGGUCGUGGUCACCAUCCUCAUUAAUAUUUUUUUAAAUAAUACAAAAUAAUUUUAUUUGUAGUUUUAAAUAAAAUUUUUAAUCAGUUUCGUUAUACUAUUUUUUAUUAAAAAAUUAAUUAAUUAAAUAUUAUAAGACCGUGUGAAAAAAGGGGUUGGACUCACUCACUCUCCCCCUCUCUCUCUCUGUUCUCUCAUCUUUUUGCUUUGUUUUGUGCUCUGUGUUUUCUCUCCGUUUCUAGCAGCAGGCGUGGCCUCUGGUUUUCAUUACUCUCUCUCUCUGUCUCCUCUCUUUCUCUCUCUAAAAUCCAUCAAGAACCCAUCAAAACUCAUGCUUUGUUUCUUUCUUCUUUAAUCCUUACACACAGACACAGAGACACAGUGAUCAUCAGCAUCACCACCCCACCGCCGCCUCUCUUCCUCCAUCUUCACCAUCCCUCCCAGCUCAGCCUCCAUCAACGGUCCCGAUCUUCCCCGCUCCCUAACCAAACUCUCUCUCUCUCUCUCUCUCUCUCUCUCUCUCCUCUUUCCCCCAAAAACAAAUCCCAAAUCGUGCGAUCUGGGCGCGCGAGUGGAAGGAGGGGGAUCGCGAGUGCGUGGGGGCGAAGGCGGUGUGGGGUGCAUCGCCAGCACACGCUGGAGCAUCUCGCUCGGGCAAUCUGGCCCUGUUCCAAAGCCAGUCCAACUGGCAAUAGCCCACGGUGGAACUGCUCUAAGAGGAGGGUUAGAGGCAUCCACACAACAGCCAAUUACAAGCCACAACCAAAAUUCCAAUCUUCAGUCCGAGCAGAGCACAGAUUCUAAAGAACCUGCAGCAAAGUGAAAGAAGCGCGUGGAAAUCCACGAGCAACACUACCAACAAAGGCAGACCGCAAAGAGAAGGUGGUGGUGUUAGAAACACCCGAUCCACUGGAAAGCACCAGAUCUGUACUCACCGACUCGACAAACCGCAACAAAUCGCGGCAGAACUUGACUAAAGGUUGGGAAUUAGAGGAAGGAGGAGGAGAUACACCGGUGAGAUGAGAAGAGGUUAGAUCGAUCCAAAAAGCAGGGGGAAAAAGCAGCGAAGGGGAGAAGAAAAGGAACACCCACCGAUCCCAGCCGCAGCUAGGAUCGGCGGCACCAAAUUUGAACACGAUUGGGAAUCACUCACACGAAACAGUGAGAAUCACCCUCAAGCAGAGGGAAGGUCUCUCACAGGGAGCGUGCUGCUCAUGGUUUAUGCUCCCUAUAUGAGUGCAGAUUGCUUGUGAAAAUAAUCUCAUUUGUUCUGUUGUGAGAACCACAUUUCCAAUGGCAUCAAGCACUUUGGGUUUGAAUUCAUCUCCUCCAGAUGAUAGGUUGAAAUAUGAUGUAUUUUUGAGUUUUCGAGGAGAAGACACGAGAAAGGGUUUUGUAAGUCAUCUAUAUGAAGCGCUUGAGAACGCCGGCGUAAAAACUUUCCACGAUGAUGCUCCAAGAGAUAUUAGCCCAGAACUCAAGGCUGCAAUUCAGAAUUCGAGGACUGCAAUUACUUUUCUGGGAGAGAAUUUUGCAUCGUCGCCAUGGGCAUUGGAGGAGCUUGACCUGAUUCUUAAAUCCCAUGGAAAAAGAAAAACGGUGCUACCAAUUUUCUAUAAUGUCGAUCCCUCUGACGUACGAUAUCAAACAGGGAGUUUUGCUGAAGCCUUUGCUAGACACGAAGAAACAUAUAAGGAUGACCCAGACAAGGUUCGAAGGUGGAGAGCUGCUUUAACCCAAGUAGCAAACCUCACUGGGUGGGUUUCAAGGGGCCGGGACGAAUCAGAGCUCAUUGAAGAAAUUGUUGAUGUAAUACGGAAGCUUUUGCACCCUACGACUAAAACCUCAGCACCUUGUUCUUCACUUUUUUCUUCUCACAAACGGAAGUAUGAUGUGUUUAUGUGUUUUAGAGGCAAAGACACCCGCUUGAAUUUUGUGGGUCAUACGUACGCUUCACUGAAUCGGGAAAAAUUUACCAUCUUUAAAGAUGACAAAGGGCUUGAGAAAGGACAACCAAUUUCCCCAGGAAUUGUAAAAGCAAUUGAGGAAUCACAGAUUUACCUCGUCACUCUUUCACCAGAUUUUGCUUCUUCAACUUGGUGCUUGGAUGAGCUUGUGAAGAUGUUUGAAUGCAUGGAAACAUCCAACUCACAGAGGAGUCUCGAGGACUUUACAGAAAGAAAGGAUGCAUCGACAGUCGCGACCGGUAUCAAGUGUAACACAAGGGAUAGGAAAAUAAGUAAAGUUAGAAUUUCGGUUCACUACGAUGGAGAGUGGGUUAGUACUGCAUACGUUGGUGGUAAGGCGAAAGAAAUAGUGGUGUCAAAGGACAUUACUUGUGAGGAGCUUCUACGUAGAGUGUAUCGUCUCGUCAGGAUAGAUCAAUGUGAGUAUGAGAUUAUAAUGAAGACUACAGAUGAAUCAAAAUCGCCUGCUCAACCAGUACAGAUAGUCGAUGAUGAGCACUUGGCAUUUUUCAUAGAACAGAGUCUAAGUUUGGAUAAGAGCUUGAAGAUGUAUAUUCCUAAACCGCGAAUAUCUUCUUCUAGAACUAGAAGGAAAAUGAAUGAACUUAGACUUUUGGUUAACUAUGGUGGGAAGUGGAGCAAUUCUAUAUACAUCGGUGGUAAAACGAAAGGAAUUACGGUUUCGGAUAGUAUUACAUACAAGGAACUUGUGCAGAAACUGUAUAAUUCUCUUGAGGUAAAUCCCAGUGAAUAUACGAUCAUAGUAACGACAGCAUAUGGAUCAAAAUCACCAACCCGACCGGUGGAGCUAAUCGAUGAUGAUGACCUGACAUUUUUGAUUGACGAGAGUCUGUCAUUGGGCUCGGGCUCGAAAGUUCCUUUGUUCAUCACACUCCAACGACGGCUAUAUCGUAGCAAGCUUUGAAGAAAUUAGUUCAUUGCUAUUGUACCGGUCUCUGUUGUUGUACGGAAUAGGUUAUUAUCAAGACUGAUUUAAGCUGUAUAUCGAAAAAAAAAAACUAAUUUAACUUUUCAUUUUAGUCUCUCUGCACCCCGCGUGUUUUUAUCUUAUUUUUCUAUUCAUAAUGUAGCCCUAUAUAGUUUUCUGUUCCAA